GGCGGGGAGUGGAGAGUAGCCAGGUAGCUGACUGUUGGCUAGCCAGACUCGUUCUGUAGCAUUUGAGUUGUCUGUGGAAGAGAAGUUCAAGCCUCCGUCAAACUCUGCGAGACAGCCGUUCGGAUAUAAAUUUCGACGCAAAAUUGCUGCAUUUUAAAGGAAGAAAUAUAAGUCAAUAUUUUGGUGUAUAAUUGAUUUUAACAAGCAAAAAGGAAAUGGACCAAAAUCCCUACUUGGAAGUUGGAGUGGCGAUGUGUAGUUAGACCACCAAGGACCACUUAUCUUUAGACAUUAAUUUUCUUUGUGGAAUACUUCAUUUGGUGCCUGGAACCUCUUGUAAAUGUAAACAAGAAACAGCAACAAGAAACCGAUAGCUAACAACUAGCAAGGAAGCCACAAUGGACAUCUAUCCCCGACCAAGUGGCGAGAUACAACGCCGAAACCCACAGCACGACUUUGAACUGAUUCAACGCGUCGGCAGUGGGACAUAUGGAGACGUCUACAAGGCUCGAAACAUUCAGAAUGGAGAGCUCGCUGCUGUCAAGAUCAUCAAGCUAGAGCCAGGAGACGACUUUUCCAUCAUCCAGCAGGAGAUUUUCAUGGUGAAGGAAUGCACUCAUCAAAAUAUUGUGGCCUACUUCGGCAGCUACCUCAGCCGAGAGAAGCUGUGGAUCUGCAUGGAGUACUGUGGAGGAGGAUCCUUACAGGACAUUUACAACGUGACUGGCCCCCUCUCAGAACUCCAGAUAGCAUAUGUCUGCAGAGAGACCAUACAGGGCCUCGGCUAUCUCCACACCAAAGGCAAGAUGCACAGAGACAUAAAGGGUGCAAAUAUUCUGCUAACAGACCAUGGUGAUAUCAAAUUGGCUGACUUUGGAGUUGCUGCCAAAAUAACAGCAACCAUUGCCAAAAGGAAAUCUUUUAUCGGCACGCCAUAUUGGAUGGCUCCAGAGGUGGCAGCAGUGGAGAAAAACGGGGGCUAUAACCAGCUGUGUGAUAUCUGGGCAGUGGGCAUCACUUCAAUAGAGCUUGCAGAACUUCAGCCUCCCAUGUUUGAUCUGCAUCCUAUGAGGGCCUUGUUCUUAAUGUCGAAGAGUAGUUUCCAGCCUCCGAAGUUAAAAGACAAGACCAAGUGGUCAAACACCUUCCAUAACUUUGUGAAAGUGUCGCUCACCAAGAAUCCUAAGAAGAGGCCAACAGCAGAAAAGUUACUCUCACACAUGUUUGUAGCACAGACAGGUCUGUCAAAGAACCUGGCAGUGGAGCUGCUGGAUAAAGUGAAUAACCCUGACAGCCAUCCCCAGUACUGCGAGCCAGAAGAUGACGACCUGGAGCUCCCUCCUGUAGGAAGACACACGAUCCGCUCCACCAAUAAGAACGCUCGAGCAGAGAGGACUCGCUCGGAGAUCAACUUCGACAAAGUGCAGUUUGAGCCACCGCUACGGAAGGAGACGGAAGCCCACACAGAGAUGGAUGUCAGCCGGGACAACGACUUCCCCUCCCCGUGGAGCCCAUUCGCUGAGGGCAGCAUCACCACUAGGGGUCACAUCACUCACCUGGAGGAUGCCUUUGAGGAUGUGGAGCUGAGCAACACACUUAAACAAGGACCCCCUCCACCACUGCCACCAAAGCCGCGCUUGAACAGUUCAUCUGAUGAACUUGGGCUGAGUGACGGCUGUCUGACGGUGCGCCGCUUCCCCAACCCCGACAACGGACCCUCCUCCGGCCCGCGUCGCCAGAGCACCCCGGAGCGAGGCAGCCAAUCAGAGCACUGCCCUCCGGACCACCUCUCAGCCUCAGUCAGCAGCCCGGGCCUGCUGUCACACACCUCAGAGCAGGAUGAGGACUCAGACAACAGUGUAAAUGGUGACAGCUCUAAGCCUCCACCCAAUCGACCACAAAGGAAAGACAGGAAGGAAUAUCCAAAACCAGCUAUCAAUGGCCUUCCACCCACGCCUAAAGUCCUGAUGGGAGCAUGCUUCUCUAAAGUGUUUGAUGGCUGUCCUCUAAAAAUCAACUGUGCCACAUCAUGGAUUCAUCCUGAUACAAAAGACCAGUAUUUGAUCUUCGGUACAGAGGACGGCAUCUACACGCUUAAUCUGAAUGAGCUGCAUGAAGCCACUAUGGAGCAGCUCUUCCCCAGGAGGUGCACCUGGCUCUACAUCAUCAACAACAACCUGAUGUCCCUGUCCGGGAAGACAUCCUUCCAGCUCUACUCCCACAAUUUGAUUGGUCUGUUUGAGCAGCUGCGGAAGCCAGGAAGCCUGGCUGCUCAGUUCCAGACGCAUCGCUUUCCUGACAGAAUCCUACCCAGACGGUUUGCCCUCACAACUAAGAUCCCUGACACCAAAGGUUGCCACAAGUGCUGCAUCGUGAGGAACCCAUACACAGGGCAUAAGUAUCUGUGUGGAGCGCUGCAGUCUGGGAUUGUGCUGCUUCAGUGGUACGAGCCUAUGCAGAAGUUCAUGCUUAUCAAGCACUUUGACUUCCCGCUGCCGAGCCCGCUGAAGGUGUUUGAGAUGUUGGUGGUGCCCGAGCAGGAGUACCCCAUGGUGUGCGUGGCCAUCAGCCAGGGCAGCGAGCCUGGCCAAGUGGUGCGCUUCGAGACCAUCAACCUCAAUUCCUGCUCCUCCUGGUUCACUGAGAUGGGCUCAGGUGGCCAUCAGGUGGAUGCUAUUCAUGUCACUCAGCUGGAGAGGGACACUGUGCUUGUGUGUCUCGACAAGAAUCUGAAGAUAGUGAAUCUGCAGGGCAAACUCAAGUCCAACAAGAAGCUUGCAUCAGAACUCAGCUUUGAAUUCUGCAUCGGCUCCGUGGUGUGCCUUCAGGACAGUGUCCUGGCCUUCUGGAAACAUGGAAUGCAGGGGAAGAGCUUUAAAUCUAAUGAGGUCACACAGGAGAUUUCUGACCCCAGCAGGGUGUUCCGACUUCUGGGAUCAGACAGGGUGGUGGUGUUGGAGAGUCGCCCCACUGAUAACCCCACAGCCUACAGCAACCUCUACAUUCUGGCUGGCCACGAGAACAGCUACUAACCCUUUGGCACCAACUUGCACACAAGCUAGAGCUACGGCAACUGUGCUAUCUCCCACUGUCAACGGGUACAGCUUUGAGUAUGCGCUCACACACACACACACACCAUCUGGUUCUCCGUUGAUCGUGGAAGUCCAAGUCCCUCUGUUUGGGUGGCUUGGUCCAGGCCCGUCCGAAGACCUUUGUGACGGCCUGGAGAAAGCGUCAUGACCUUUCAGCUCUCCAGACCAGUGCCCAGAGCUGCCAGACACUGACGUCUGUAAUGCAAAAGUAAAUGUCUUUUGGACAGCACAUUAUUGCUCUGUCUUUCUAUUUGUCUAUUUAUCUCUCUCUCACACACACACUGUCUCUCUCACACACACACAUACAUACAUACACACACAUACAUACACACACUCUCACCUUCUAUCUUUCCUUCUCUGAAACAUAUCACUAUGAGCUACAGUUAUAGACUGCAGUGUUAUUGAUCUAUGAAGUGCCAAUAUCAGUGAGGAUGGUCAGUUUCUCACGCAUACAAUAAUAAUAACCAAGUGUUUGGUUAAUGGGAGUCAGACAGAAUGUCUAACAGAAGUGUGGUUUUUGACUUGGGAGUGUUGUUGUUUUUUUAAGCCAGUUAGCUGGUGGCUAACUUUUAACUUUCCUUCUCUAUGGGAGUUUUAAUGCCGUAGAUAUGGAAGGACUAAGUCUGGGAUUAAAAAAUAAAAGAAGGAAAGAAAGGAAAGGAACUUCUCGGUCAGUUUAUCAUUUUUUUGAGGAUUGACUAUUUAAACGUGUUAUUUAUUAACGUAGGAUUUGGGAGGGUGGGGGUGACCAGAGACUAGUCACCGUGAAAACAGAAAAGGUCAAAAGCAAGGUUUGUUUUGUUUUGUUUUUCUCGGCUUUGUAAUAUAGUGGAUUUUUUUUCCAGCUCCUAUCAGUUUAUUUUUAGGAAUUUGAUUAUAAUGUAAAGUGGUAUUCUUUUUAUGAUCCGUUGUUGCUUUUACUCAGAUAUUUGCACCAUGUAAGCACUUUUGUACAUUAAUGUUGUUUCUUUUUUAUUUAAAGUUUGACAGAACGUGGUGGUCACUACGUUUUAAUGACUGCCAGGUUUUUUCCUCGCAAAACGUUUAAUGUAUGCAGUUUUUUUUGUAAUAAAAAAGCUAUUGUUAACAAUAAAA